AUGGCCAGCUGCCUACGUCUGUUAGUGGAGACUUCACUCAAACAACAAGCUCUUCUCGUGUCCGCCUGCACGUCGCGCACACCUCUUGUACAGAGUGUCCGCUUCAGGAAACCCCCCUGGGUUCCUGUAGCCAAGUCUAAGGAGUUUUAUGUGAGAAAGCCGACACCAGUCGAUCAGGAGGAGUACGAAGAGUUGAAGGCUCGCUACCGCUUUUACAGAUCUGAGGUUGACAGUGUCAGGCAGUUCCUGGCGCAAGAUUUGUCUGCUCGGCAACACAACCUGGAGGACCAGGACUUGAGGGCAGACGAGGCUGAAGUUUCCCUCAUGAUGCAACACUUGCAGGAAUGGAACACACAUGUUGCAGCUGUCAGGAAUGAGCGACAGUUGCAGGAACAACUAGAUCAUGAGCAGAUGCUGAAGGAGCGAUUGGCAAACCAGGAGAAACAGAGAAUGUUGGAUGCUGAAAGGGCACUCGCAGAACUGGAGGAAAAAGAGGCUGCUGCUGCAAGUUUUAUUGACCCAGACAAACUGGAUGAAGCGAUAGAAAAAUUGAUUGACAGUCGCAAAGAUUAUAAUUUUGCUAUAACUAAAUCUGGUGAGAAAUUAUUUGGUGAGUAUCCUGAUAGAAAAACACCGGAGUCACACAAACAAAGCUAG